AUGGCACCAAUUCCAGUGACAAUCAUCACCGGAUUCCUGGGCUCCGGCAAAACAACCCUCCUCCUCAAUUUAAUCCCCCAACUCCCAACCACCUACAAACUCGCCCUCCUCAAAAAUGAAUACGGCGACGUCGCCGUCGACUCCCAACUCGCCUCCACGCAAUCAAUCUCCGGCGUCCGUGAACUUCUCAACGGCUGCAUCUGCUGCAACCUAGUCGGCCAACUCAGCGACGCACUCCAACAACUCCGCGACACCGUCUCGCCCGACCGCAUCGUGAUCGAAACCUCCGGGAGCGCGUUCCCCGCCACACUCGCCAUGGAAGUGAACCGGCUGUCGCGGGAGGGAGAAGGCGAGUUCAUUCUCGACGGCGUCAUUAGCGUGAUUGACGUUGAGAAUUGGGAGGGAUAUGAGGAUACGUCGUACACGGCGAAGAUCCAGGCGAAGUAUACGGAUUUGAUUGUCUUUAAUAAGUGGGAAUCCGUGCCCGAGCAACGGUUUGACGUCUGUCUUGAUCGGGUGGGCGAUUUGGGGAUCGAGACGCCGGGGGUUGUGGAUGUGGAUGUUUUGCUUGGGAUUGACGGGGCGCUGUUUACGAAGGAGGAGCAUGAUCAUCAACAUGGCCAUGAGCAUAAGCAUGAUCAUCAGUCGGAGGUUGAAGUGCUGAGUGUUGUGUUGAAAGGGAAGACGGUUGAUGUUGAGGCGCUUGAGAAGCUUCUUUCGUUGGCGCCGCGGGAGGAGGUGUACCGCAUCAAAGGGAUUUUCCGCGCUGAUGCGCAAAACCCGCCUGCUGAGACUUCGGAUGAUAUUCAGAAGAGGGUCAAGGGCGAGGGAGUCCAGUACUACAUUCUCAAUGGGGCGUUUGGGCGUUGGACUUGCACGCCGUCCAGCGUUGUUGCGGAGUCGGCGGAUGAAAGUGCUGCCGCUCGUUUGACGUUUAUUCUGGCACGGUACGAGUCGACCAAGUGGAAGAAGAAGCUCGAGGCGGGCGGCCUGUUGCAAGCGACUGACGUAGCCGCGGGCGAGUUGACUGUUGAGCGGUUGAUCUAG